CCUCCCGCCCACCCGCCCGGCCGCAGCUGUCGGCAGCCAUGCCCGAAGAUGACGGACCCCGCCGCCGCCGCCGCGGUGGUGCUGGAGGGGCAGCUGAAGUGGCGCGAGGGGAAGAAGUGGAAGAGCCGGUGGCUGGUCCUGCGCAAGCCCUCCCCGGUGGCCGAUUGCUUGCUCCUGCUGGUGUACAAGGAACGGUCUGAGCGCCUGAGAGGGCUGAAGGAGCGGAGCAGCGCGACCCUGGAGGACAUCUGCGGCUUGGAGCCCGGGCUCUGCUACGAGGGGCUGAAUCACACCCUCGCCAUCAUCUGCCUGACCCAGGUGGUGAUGCUGGGCUUUGAGAGUAAGGAGACCAUGCACGUCUGGGAUGCGCACAUCCGCUACAGCUUAGGGGAAGUUCACAGAUUUCACGUUGUGGUAGCCCCUGGAACAAAGCUGGAAAGCGGCCCGGCGACUCUUCACUUCUGCAACGAUAUCCUUGUGCUGGUGAAAGACAUCCCGCCUGUCAUCAUGGGACAGUGGAAGCUCUCGGACCUUCGGCGCUACGGAGCUGUUCCUAACGGAUUUGUCUUUGAAGGAGGCACUCGAUGUGGCUUCUGGGCCGGUGUUUUUUUCCUGUCUUGCACAGAAGGAGAAAAGAUCAGCUUCCUCUUUGACUGCAUCGUUCACGGCAUCUCUCCAGCGAAAGGCUUGCGCCGUGUUUUAGCAGACCCUGGUGGGGCUCCUGCCCGCCUGGAAGAACGGGUGGCGUACGAGGCUUCGCAGUUGGAGAAGCGCCUCAGCCUUCUCUCACACAGCGGCUGCCAGGGCAGUGGAGGUGACAACCGAAGCUUGUCCAGCGCGUCCUCAGACACCAGCCACUCCGAUGCCAGUACUGGGAGCAGGUUGACUCUCUGGCCCGAGCACUCGUCAGCCGGCACUUCGCAAGAGUCUCGCGGACCGGCUGUGGCAACGGAGAAGCCGCAUCCCGACGGAGCCCGUGGGGCUGCCAGGCCACCCCCGAGACUCCUGCACUGUAGGCAGCUGCAAGAAAUAGGCCGCCAAAGUUCCUCUGACAGUGGGAUUGCGACCGGCAGCCACUCCUCUUACUCGGGAAGUUUCUCCUCCUAUGCGGGGAGCCUGGACAUUUGCCACGGGGAUGAGUUUGGAUCCCUGGCGAGUCUCUCACCGAGUUUCCCUUCCGACCGGAACGUGUGCAGCUGCCUGCCGGGAGAGCCCCGGAGGAGCCCCGGCCCAGAGUACCAGACUCCCAGCUGGCUCAGACACGCCUACGACACGCCCAGAAGUCUGCUUCAGGCCUCCACGAAAGGCACGCUCGCUUCCCGCCCAGACGUCUCGCUCUCCAAGGCCCAGAUGAGCAAAGGGGACAUGGAGCAGCUGGCACCACAUCUGGAAGGAGAAGCUGCCUCCCAAAAAAGCCAGGAAAAGGGUCUGCAAGCCCUCUUUCUGCUGGAGAACACCAGAGGCCCGUUCCCAGAGACCCGUCUGGGACAGCAAGUCCAGGGGCAGGAUUGUGGGGGUCCCGAGGCUGCUCCGUGCGGGUCUGUCUGCAGCAGCUCUUGUGAACUGUGCGGCGCCCCUUCCGAGGCACUCUUCCCAUCUUGUCCGGUCUGUGGUGGGAUGCAGAUCAAUACAAAAAAGUUAGUUUUAGUGUUAUUAGUUUUGAAAGAAACUUAUUUUAAUACAGACUAUUUUCUCUAUGUGUGUGUUUGUGUGUUUUUAAAGGAAACUUCAAUUUUAUCAUCCCAAAUGUUCCCACGUAAUCUAGGCCCUGAAGGAAGGUCUGGAUUGAUAAUGCAGCGAACAGAUCCAGUUCAACGUGAUCCAGUACACGUUGAUUUACCUGUUUCUGAGCAAUUGCACAGUGAAAUGGCAAUGUAUGUUAAUAUCCCUACAAGCCCCACAGCAAAGAAACAACUUCAUUACAUGGAGGUGGAGCUUCAGGAGCCCAGUACAAGUAUUCGAGGGAGUGAAUCCACGAAAUAUGCUCAGAUCGAUGUUACGGCAACAGAGACGGCCCAGAAGGUGGGGACGCAGCACGCCCAAUUUCGAGAAGAACGUCUGCAAGAACUCGAGCAGCAGAAGAAAGAUGGCCAGCCUGGCACUCCCUAGGGAGAUGCAGGAUACCACCGCCAGCCCAGCACCUGCACUCAUUCUCUUAAAUGUUGCCACUGCGUUCGGAUUGGUACCAGAUUCAUUCCAAUUUAUUCAUUUCCAGCUGGAAAACUGGCAGCAUGAUGUUUGCGCUUGUGUGUCUGUCCCUCUAUAGAGGCACUCAUUGUAAACAUGUGGUCUUGUCAUUUUGUAAUAUCUUGCCAAAUGAAGUAUUAGAUACAAACGACUAUUAAAUUGAGGCAUUUCGAGAAUGUUGAGUGAGUAAAAAAAAAAAGUAAAUAGAACAAAAUACUCAAGAAA